UGAAAUGAAGGGUGAGCACAUUCACUAGCCCGCUGACGUCAUCGAGGGAGGAUCCGCGCUGGCGAUCUUGAAAGGGAGGAUGCGCUCGCGCUUUGAGCAUCGCUGAGAACGAGCGAGUCGCAUCCACUCAGUCAGAUCUAUAUAAAAGAAAACGUGCUUAAAUCAAAGGAAAUCCCAGAUUUGCACGGAACAUGGCAUCAAAAUGUCCCAAAUGUGACAAAACUGUUUAUUUUGCGGAGAAAGUGACAUCUCUGGGAAAAGACUGGCACAAAUUCUGUCUCAAGUGUGAACGCUGUAGCAAGACCCUAAAUCCAGGAGGACAUGCAGAGCAUGAUGGGAAGCCAUACUGCCACAAGCCAUGCUAUGCUGCCCUCUAUGGACCAAAAGCUGCAAGCUUCAGUUCGUUUUCUGGUCAGCCGAACAUCUGCCCAAGGUGCAACAAAACAGUGUACUUCGCUGAAAAGGUCAGUUCCCUGGGUAAAGACUGGCACAGGCCCUGUCUGCGCUGUGAGAGGUGCAGCAAGACUCUGGCUCCAGGCAGCCAUGCAGAGCACGAUGGCCAGCCAUACUGCCAUAAACCCUGUUACGCUGUUCUCUUUGGGCCAAAAGGAGUGAACACUGGAGGUGUUGGCAGUUACAUAUACGAGGACCCAAACACUGAAAGCCAGUCCUAAGAACCACAACCACACCAGCAGUAUUAUUAGCAACCUUAGGUUUAAGCCUCUUGUCUGCUUCCUUUAAAUUCACUUCCUAUCUUUCUUGAAUCUGCACUGAUCUUGUUCAUCUACAGAGUGCCACUUACAUACUAAUUGUACUAAAAUGAGCUAGUAUUAUUACUUACUAACAGGAAUAUGUGUUUAGCCUUUUUGCUGUAUUUAUAUAUUGUUUAUAUAUUUUUAAGAAUGUACUU